CGGCGCGACCAUGGAGGUCUACAUCCCGUCCUUUCGCUACGAGGAGAGUGACCUGGAGCGGGGGUACACGGUGUUUAAGAUAGAAGUUCUAAUGAAUGGAAGAAAACAUUUUGUUGAAAAAAGGUACAGCGAAUUUCAUGCCCUGCACAAAAAGCUUAAGAAAUGCAUUAAAACUCCAGAAAUUCCUUCUAAACAUGUUCGGAACUGGGUCCCCAAAGUCUUAGAACAACGACGACAAGGUUUGGAAACAUAUUUACAGGCUGUCAUUCUGGAAAAUGAAGAACUUCCCAAGCUGUUUCUCGAUUUCCUAAAUGUGCGACAUUUGCCCUCUCUACCAAAGACAGAGAGUUGUGGAUCUUUUGAUGAGACAGAAUCUGAAGAGUCAAGCAAACUGUCCCACCAGCCGGUGCUGCUGUUCCUCAGGGAUCCAUACGUCUUGCCUGCAGCCAGCGAUUUUCCAAAUGUGGUUAUUGAAGGAGUUCUCCAUGGGAUAUUUUACCCUCAUCUACAGCCCAGGUAGAAAUCCUCCAUGGCUAGAAGAAGCUGAAGCACGUUUCGAAGUCGUAGUCGAGGAAAUCGAUAACCUACCAAAUUAACCUAAACUCUAUGACAUAACGGCUCUCUCUCGCUAGUGGUAAAAUUCACAGUCCCAGCUUAAUUCAGAGCAGGGACAUUUCCAUUAGAAUGGUGCUUUUAAAAAUAGAAACCGAACUGGGGCAGUGCUGAGCUUAAGGCCAAGUGUUUAAGAAGUAGAAUGUAGCUGCCAAUUUAGAAACCCCGGGAAAAGAAGACUAAAGAAGCUCUCUGGGUCCUCGAAGUGUAGCAAAACAGUUCCUCUCCACUUCGUUCACACCAUUUGCUAAUUGAAAAUCUUACCCUGAAUCAUUGUGAGACUGAUCAGCUUUGGUAGCUUUUUUGGUUCAGAUUCUAUGACACACUAAUCUUUUCAUCGUGAGGUUUUUUUCUCAGCCAGUGAUAGAUAACAUUCUGAAAUGCUGGCACCAGGAGAGCAUUACAGAAACAUAGUGCUAAAUGUGAGGAAGGAACUAAACUGGACAUGAAAUUAUACUGACCAUACUAGGGCAUUUUAAAAAUCAUGGCAUUUUAAUUUGCAUUACAGUGGAGUUGCAUCAUAUGCAGGGAUUCGCUUCUAAUGUCAGCACAUAAGAUAGAAUGGGGGUCUCAAGGUUAUCCUUGAAAGCCCUUUAGAAUGGUGCCAUAUUGGAAAUCUCCAUUCACCACAGCCAGUUUUUCCUCCAGUGUUGGAAGAGAUAACUGUUGAAGACCAAUUAAAGUUGUUAGUGUUUGUUCAGGCACUAUUCUGUAGAAGAAACACAUGCCUUUAAACACUAGAAUUAUACUUACCCUUGCAAGAUGCUUGCCCUAUAAAAGAUGAAUGUGAACUGACAGUGACUGAGUGGACUCCAGAUUGACAAUACUCGUCUUGGUUUACUCAAGGGCCUCCCUUCAUUGAAUAGGUGGUAUAGUUGCCAGAUUGAUGGUUAUUUUCCUUAUUGCUCAUCAUUUCCUUUUCACUGACCUCAUAUUUUGUAUUAAUAUAAAUUAAAUGGUUUUAUGAUGCACCUCCACUGUUCAUCUUACAUUCAGAUUUUGUCUAAUAAAGGAUAAAAUCGUAUAUGCAGAUGGUAUAUGUGUGCUAUAUUUGGCAUGUCCUUGAAAACUAAUUAAGAGCUAGCCUAUUUAUGAUUAUUAGCUUAAUAAGCUUCUGUGUAGGAGAAAAAUAUUUAAAUUCAAAACGAAUAAGUAAAUCAUGGUGUUUGACUAAGCUCUAAACAUACAGGGUUAAAGCUUGCUGCAGAUUCUUGAGGCUGUAUUUAUGCUCGAUGUGUGACAACAUGGGAAAGAGAGUAAGAACUGAAUAAUUGAGUGUCCUCAACCAAAACUGACCGAAGAGUCAAGUGUUGGAGAUGUUUUUUAAAUGUUUUUGUUAUUAGCUAUUUUGAGUUAAAUAAAAAGGA